AUGCUGUCCUCCACCGAUCCUGUUAUUUAUGACUUAUGCCUGAAAGAACAAAAACGACAGAAAGAAGGCUUGGAGCUUAUUGCGUCUGAAAACUUUAUCAGCGGGGCCGUUAUGGCUGCAUUAUCGUCGUCCUUCCACAACAAGUAUUCCGAAGGCCAAGUAGGCGCUAGGUAAGUUAUUCCCAUGUACGGCUGUUGAUAGACCAUAAGUCUGUGUGAAACUCUGGUUCUCGUGUUAAUUUUGUUGGAGACUUGUGUUUUUAAUGUACUGUUAAAAUAUUUUACGAACAUUUAAAAAAAUCUACUACAUCGUUAUACAAAAAUCAAUAUCUAUUUGCGGCCCGUUAUGUACAGAUGCCAUAGUUGUAUUUUGGAGUGUCCAACCUAACAUUGCCGGUCCUGCCCUUUGAUAUUAUCCUGUACAGAAUACGUCUGUUUUUCGCACUGGAGUUCCUCAUAGAAAGUUGAGCAUUUAUGCACUCUGGAGGCUGUCCAUUUAUACCCUCAUGUUUACGUCCUCGAGACUGGAAUUGACGUACCAUCAAUAUUGACCACUCGAACAAUGAUCUUUCUUGGAAUUCGAUUUGGAAAAGACAGUCCAAACUUCGUUUAUUUUUGUCCGUUUUCGUUUCUCCAAGGUAUUAUGGUGGAGCGGAGUACAUAGAUGCUAUGGAGAGCCUGUGUAUAGAGCGCGCACUGAAGCUUUUCAAUCUAUCGCCAGAGGACUGGGGCGUUAAUGUCCAACCAUACAGCGGAUCGCCGGCCAACUUCGCUGUUUAUACGGGCCUUGUUGGCCCCCAUGGACGAAUCAUGGGUCUGUCGCUUCCCGAUGGGGGUCAUUUAACUCAUGGAUUCUUCGCAGCCAGUGGAAAGAAGGCAAGUAAAAUCCAUCCAGACAUUUAUCUCUGA